CGGAGCUGGAGUCCGCCUGCCAGUCGCAAGCGCCGAGGAGGAGGUCACGACGAUCGGCGCCGCGUCCCGACUCCGCCUUGCAGCCUGCUCGUCAGGAAUAUCUCGCGAUCGGCGAGGCCAGAGGACGUUCGCGGCCCCUUUGAGCAGUUUGGACACAUCAAGGACGUGUAUUUGCCCAAGGAUUUCUACACCGGGGGAAGAAGUUUGAAGAUGAUGAUCAAUGACCUGACAACCUUGUAGUUUUCAAGCCCAAGGAAACAAAACCGAAAAAAAGAAACAAAAGCUUGCAGCCUGUGAAAGAACCGUAGCCGUCUUUUGAAGAUGGUAUAUGAAGGAAUGAAGGAAUGGUUUUUCCUAGAGCCUGGGGCCGAUCGAAGAGAAGAUGCUUGCCCCUUUGAAGUGUUUUUGCCUUUACCUUUGAAGAGAAAAAGUUCAAACUUAAAGAUCACAUAAGUGAGCCUCGAGGAUUUGGCUUCGUGCAGUACAUGAACCCUGAGGACGCAGCGCGGGCAAAGCAUCAUAUGGAUCGACAAGUUCUCGGCGGUCGUGAAAUCACCGUAGUUUUUGCCGAAGAAAACCGCAAGAAGCCAUCGGAGAUGCGAAUGAAGAGCAGAGUCAGUGGCUGGGGAAGUCGGUAUGGAGGUGGUGGCUAUUACAGACAUUCUCCUCGGCGGUUUAGAUCUCGAUCGAGAUCGUACUCACCAGGAAGACGUUAUCGGUCCUCGAGGUAUGAUAGCGAUCGCCAUGGAAGGUCUCGCUACUCUUCUCCAAGUCCUGCUCGUUAUCGAAGCCCUCGCCACAGUCCAAGUGAAUCGUGGUCUUCGCCAAGGGGACGACGUGCGGAUUCUCGUUCAGCUUCUCCUGAAAAGAAUGGCCGCAAGAAGAGCUCCUCCCGCAGCCCAUCCAGAGAGCCUCGAAGAGCAGCGGCAUCGCCAGCAGCAACAGCUAGAGACUAAACUUUAGUUUGAAACAUCACUACGUAGAACUAACCUGGAGGAGAUGAUCAUCUCCGCCAUAAGAACACACUCGCUGACACUUUUUUUUCCACUGAAGUAAGUCCAAUCUUUUUCGUAAAA